AUGUUGUUGCAUGUGCUGAUUCUGUUGUCGCAUAUGCUGAUUCUGAGCAUUCAUGUGUUGCUGUGCGGCCUGAAACAUUUGCUCGACGGCGUCGAACUGCGCCUGCCACGGAUUGAACAUCUGGUAGAUGCGAUCUGGGGGUCUGUGGUGGCCAACUUGUGGUGGAGAGCAAGAAGAAGCGGGAGCGGCGCUAUCGAUUGCGAGGCCGGUAAAUGCCGGGGACCCUGGCCGCGCGUCGCACAGCAAUGCAUGGCUGCCAGCCGCGCAUCCAGCCACAUGCGCGGGGCUGACUCCUGCGUUGCGAAAGUAUGUAAAGCUUGCGUCGCGGCCCGGUUCUUGAGAAAGCGACGGGACGGACAGUGGAACUAA